AUGAACAUCUUUCACCGCCCUCAGCCACCUAAGUGGUCGGCAUCUCUUUGCGGUUGCGGAGGCGAUAUCGGAACCUGCUGCAUAACAUGCUGUCUCCCAUGUGUCACCUUUGGCCAAAUAGCUGAAAUGGUUGAUCAAGGACAAAGCACUUGCGUGCAACAAGGUUGCAUAUAUUGUGUAUUGAUGUUGUUUUCAUGCCAAUGCCUACUGUCGUGUGUUUAUAGAGAGAAACUAAGAGCCAAAUUCGGGUUGCCAGCUGAGCCAUGCCAUGAUUGUUGUGUCCAUUUUUGCUGUGAACCAUGUGCUCUUUGUCAAGAACAUGCUGAGCUCAAAGCUAGAGGCUUUGAUCCUUCCGAAGGUUGGAAAGGACCAGCAACUGCUCCACCAAGCAUGCCUCCUACAAUGAAGAGAUGA